AUGAAUGCGGAUAAGAAAGUAGGGUUUAACAAGGGAAAGUUGUGUUGCUACAAUUGUCACGAGCCAGGUCAUUUUGCUCGUGAGUGUCUAAAACCAGACAGAAGAGUAAGUGGUGAUCAAAUAGUGGUUCCAGUGGGAAAUGGUCGCGGAAAUGCUGCUGUCAAUAGUGAGACUGCUAAUCUAGCAGUGCUUGCUCAGUCUUUUGACUGGGAGGACCAGAUUCAGGCACUAAAUAUUUUAGGACCUGAAAACGCUCACUUGGCUCAAAUCAAUGAUACUCCUGCAAAAGAAGCUGAAGUUGAUCCUGAAGAAGAAAUGAUGGAGUUGCAGGUUGCCUUAAUGGUAUCUUCUACUUCAGAAUCUGAAAAGAAAGAGUCAAAGCAAGAAGCUGCAGGAUAUGUUUCUACAAAUAAAAAUGUGUCUGAACCUACUGUCUUUGUUUCAAAUGAUAAUUGUUUUGUUUCUGAUGUUAAAAUCAAAGAUACAUCUUGUGAUGCUCCUGCAUCAGAUCAUGUUGAGUUGAAUUUUUUUGAUAUAUUUGAUGACUUGUUUGAUAAUCCUGAUGUUCCUGAUGCUCCUGAUGUUUCUAUUACAAGUACACCCACUUCAAAAAUCACACAACCUAAUUCACCCUCACUUAUCGAACAAUCUGAUUCUUUCACAUGUUCUUGUAGAAAAAAGAACCAAACAAAUAACCGGGUGAAGGCACUUCGAAUUGAUAAUGGAACAGAAUUCAAGAAUUCGGUUCUUGAUCACUUUUGCGUAGAAAAGGGUAUCAUGCGUCAAUCCAGUUCAGCUGAGGCGAUCAACACCGCCUGUUAUGUUCAGAAUUGUGUUUUGAUCAACAAAGCCCGAAUGAAGACUCCAUACAAAAUUCUAUAUGGUCACAAGCCAUCUAUCAGUCAUUUCCGCAUAUUUGGAUGCCCUUGUACCCUUUUUCACCUGGAGUCCAAACUGAAGUUUAAUGCCAAAGCUGAUGACUGUUAUUUUGUGGGGUAUGUUGCUCGCAUUGCAUACAGGGUCUGCAACAAAAGAACAAAGCAAAUUUUAGAAUCAUUCGAUGUGCGCUGGCUGGAGGAGAAUGAAACGGAUGCUAGAGUGGGUCUUGAUUGGCUGUUUGACUACACAUCAUUGUGCAAAUCAUUCAAUGUGUGUUCAGAUGGUUUAUCUAGUUCUACUUCUGGAUCGAAGACUAUACUUGAAGAUGAAGAUGAAGAAGUUGUUUACAGACCAUCGAUAGUGUCUUCUACAAUUCCUGCGGUGGAGUCAUCUGUUCCAAUUACUUGUCCAGAAUCUCCGAGUCAACAAAAUGCAUGCUCCAGAUGCUGA